AACCACCAACGUUUCAAUUUCGGGGUCUUUUUAUUUCUCUUCUCCUUUGCUUACACACAAAACUCAACUCUCUCUCUCUGUUCAACUUCACAUUGGAGCAUUUAUUAAGCCGCUUGUAUUUGAAUGCUCCUUCAGAACUCACGAGAAACUUGUUUCAAAUCCCAUUUUUUUUCUGGAGUCAGAUCAGAUCUAGUUCUUCUACUUUAACUUCUCACUGCCACUGAAACUCAAUUUUCUUGCUCAGUUUUCCUGGCCUUUCCCAGAACUUUGGAUCAACACCCUUUAGAGUGAACAUUGUUUAAUACAAUAUCCCUGCAGGCUAAAAGAAUAUAUAUUUGUAAGGGAGAGAGGGAGAGAGAGAGAGAGAGAGGCAAAUAUGCCACAAGAAAGCUAUACCAAUCCAAUGUUAACCUCUCCUUGCAAGAACUUAAGAGGAUUAAAGGCUUUGAUUGCUAACAAUGAGGCUUCAUACACUGAGGAGAUUAUUAAUGACCAUGAAUUAGCUCACAGAAAAGCUGAAGAAGCAGCUUCAAGGAGGUACCAAGCAUCAGAAUGGCUACGUCAAAUGGACCAUGGCGCAUCAUCAGCACUGCCCAAAGAACCCUCCGAGGAAGACUUCUGCCUUGCACUUCGCAAUGGUCUCAUUCUCUGCAAUGUCCUCAACAAAGUCAACCCUGGUGCUGUUCUCAAGGUGGUGGACAAUUCAGUGAUUGCAGUUCAGUCUACAGAGGGAGCAGCACAGUCUGCAAUUCAAUAUUUUGAGAACAUGAGGAAUUUCUUGGAGGCUGUUAAAGAAAUGAAGCUCUUGACAUUUGAAGCAUCCGACUUGGAAAAGGGGGGUUCGUCAAGUAAAGUUGUGGACUGCAUUCUGUGUCUGAAAGGAUUUUAUGAGUGGAAGCUAGCGGGUGGAGUUGGGGUUUGGAGGUAUGGAGGCACUGUGAGGAUCACAUCCUUUCCAAAGGGAUCUCCAUCCUCCAUUCUAAGCAGUGAAAGUGCUGAUGAGUCAAUAGAUGAAUCCGAGUCAUCACAAUAUGAACAGCUGUUAGAAUUUCUUCAUCUUUCUAAUGAGGUCUCAAUUGAAGAAUCCAGAACUGCCAAUGCACUGGCUUUCCUCUUCGAUCAUUUUGGACUUGGACUCCUACAGGCUUACCUUAGAGAGAGUAAUGGGAUUGAGGACUUGCCUUUGAAUGCAAUGGUAAUCGAUACUUUGCUCAGUAAGGUAGUCAAAGAUUUCUCAGCACUGCUAGUUUCUCAAGGCACUCAGCUUGGAUUGUUUUUGAAGAAAAUAUUGAAAGGUGAUACUGGUUUCCUAUCAAAAGAUGAAUUUAUUGAAGCCAUUUCACAAUAUCUUAAUCAAAGAACUAGUUUGGCGUCAAGUGAUUUGUCAAAAUUUUGCAUUUGUGGUGGGAAACGUGAGGGGGUUCAGCCAAUUGUCUAUCUCCCUGCUGACAACACAGAAGUUAUUGAUAUUCAACAGAAACAGCUUGAGGACCUAAAAUUAUCUUUUGAAGAGACGAAAUCAGAGGUGAAGCAGGUUCACUCAAAAUAUGAGCAACAACUUACGAGGCUUGAGCAUCAUAUUAAGGGGCUUGAAGUGGCCUCCUCAUCCUAUCACAAGGUUUUAGAGGAAAACCGCCAACUCUACAAUCUAGUCCAAGACCUCAAAGGAACCAUUAGGGUAUAUUGUAGAGUGAGGCCUUUCUUACCUGGGCAAUCAAAUGGGCAGACUACUGUGGACUACAUAGGAGAAAAUGGAAAUAUCAUGAUUGUCAAUCCCCUUAAGCAGGGCAAAGAUGCAAGGAGGGUAUUUUCAUUCAAUAAAGUGUUUAGCACUAAUGUCACACAAGAGCAAAUAUAUGUUGACACUCAACCAUUGAUCAGGUCUGUUCUAGAUGGAUUUAAUGUUUGCAUCUUUGCAUAUGGACAGACGGGCUCAGGGAAGACAUAUACAAUGAGUGGCCCAGAUUUGACAUCUGAGGAGACAUGGGGUGUAAACUAUCGAGCUCUUCGCGACUUGUUUCAAAUAUCAAAGGAAAGGGCAGAAUUCAUAAAAUAUGAAGUUGGAGUCCAAAUGAUUGAAAUUUACAAUGAACAAGUUAGAGAUCUAUUAGUCAGUGAUGGAUCUAACAGAAGAUUAGAUAUACGAAACAACUCUCAAUUGAAUGGUCUUAAUGUACCUGAUGCAAGUUUGGUUCGGGUUACAUGUACUCGAGAUGUUCUUGACUUGAUGAGGAUUGGCCAAAAGAAUCGUGCCGUGGGUGCUACAGCUCUAAAUGAGCGAAGUAGCCGUUCCCAUAGUGUUUUGACUGUCCAUGUUCAUGGAAAAGAGUUAGUUUCUAAUUCCAUUCUUAAGGGUUGCCUCCACCUAGUGGAUUUGGCUGGAAGUGAGAGAGUUGAUAAAUCUGAGGCUGUUGGUGAGAGACUGAAGGAGGCCCAACAUAUAAAUAGAUCACUAUCUGCACUCGGUGAUGUCAUAUCUGCUCUUGCACAAAAGAGUUCACACAUUCCUUAUAGGAAUAGCAAACUUACUCAAGUAUUGCAGGAUUCAUUAGGUGGGCAAGCAAAAACAUUGAUGUUUGUACAUAUAAACCCUGAAGUUAAUGCUCUUGGGGAGACAAUUAGCACACUCAAGUUUGCUGAAAGAGUUGCCUCCAUAGAACUUGGGGCAGCCCGAUCUAAUAAAGAAACUGGUGAAAUCCGAGACCUUAAAGAGGAGAUAUCAAACCUUAAACUGGCAGUGGAGAGGAAGGAGACAGAACUAGAGCAAAUGAAAGCUGGGAAUACUCGAAGCACUAUUGAAUCCCAAAGACCAAGAGCUGUUUCGCCCUACAGAAUGCCAAGAUGUGGUACUAGUGCUGGCCUGAAGCCUGAAACUAGUCAGCGACCCAUUGAUGAUACUAAAAGCUUUGAAGCUAGGAGUUGCUCUUCUGGUAAGCAGAGAAGGUCAAGGUUUCCCUCUGCAUUUGCUGACAAGGAGACGCCAAAGGUACCUUUCCCAUCAGAUGAAAGAUUAGCAAGCUCUGGAAAGCCAAGGUCACCAUCCCCUCCUAUUAGGAGAUCAUUGUCCACCGAUAGAGGAUCUGUCUUUAGAAGCAGGAUCAAAUCUGAUACACUUGACAACCAACCCAUUGCAAAAGUACCAUUCCCGGCUAGAGUUUCGGUUAAUAAAUCUGUUGCAGCAAUGUCAAUGAUCCCUUCCACAGAUAGCAAUUCAAGAGCACAUAUUGGUUCACAUGAACCAGCAAAGCAGGAUAACAUUUAUGAUGCAUUCUGUGGCCUCCAGAGGGUAAGCACCAGGAAAGUUUACCCAGAACAUGAAGAGGAGCAGUUUAAGCAAGCUCUUAAUAUCAGGCAAGGUGGCAUUAGGAAAAGCAAAGUUGACAGCAAGGCCAAGGCAAGGACUCAUCAAAUGCCUGCUAGGAAUCAGAAGUCUGAUGUGGUGACAACAUUGCUAUCUGACAUGGAUGUUCCUGGUGAAAAGAUGGAGGAAGCACCUCGAAAGAGUGACUUCUCUGAGCUAGAAAAUGAGCAUGGCCUUGUUGAGUCACCACUGCAUGCUUUGAAGAUGAAAAAGCUUCGACAGAACUUCUCAAGGAACUCCCAAAAUCUUGAACCAAGAGGAAUUGUUGAACCCAUAUUGGCUGGGAAGCUCGACAACAGGGUUCCAAAUGGUCUAAUUCGCUUUCCAAAGGAAGGCAGCAACACAUCAAUGCCUGAAUUCAGAAGGAGUCGCUCCUCACCUCGCGGGAAAUUUUUAAUUCUACCUUGAGGAUUUCACAAUAUACAGCAUUGAAUUUUAUUGCCACUAAUUUCUUUUCCUUCCAAAUUUUGUACAGUGACUACUAUUAGUGUUCAAGUUCCAAAUUGCUUACUUCUUCUAUGAGGAUUCUGAUGAUGUUUUGGCGGUGAUUAUGGUGGAGCCUCUUUCUCUUUUGCUGAUAAAUAUUCUGGGAAUAUAUUUAUGUAAUUCAAAUCAAAUUAGCUUUAUAUUUUCUGGUUGUAUUACUUGUGUUCUUUGUGUACCUGAAGCAGCUUUUGAUACCAUAUCUAUUUUGUAAACUUAAGAAUAUGUAUUGUUCAACCUAUAAUACUGGAAAACUUUAUUUAUAGUGGAAAAACUGUUCGUAUA